CGGUUUAUUUCAUUAUUCGUCGUCAACGUCGUGCGUUCGGUUGUUGUGUAAAAUUAUUUACGGUGAAAAUGAAGUUUUGACCAGCAAUUCUUCGUGUUUCGAAUAAAAUUCACUCUAGUUUAUAGUCCGCGGACUGUAAGGAAGACCAACCGUUCCGCAGUCUCUAACUCAAAAUGCAGCGAUUAAGUAAAGCAGGAAGAAUUGCCGUCCUCAGCCGGACGACGGCUUUGACUAGAACCACAUCCCGCUUGCAGAAUGUCACUCUCCAAUGCACGGCGUGUUACUCUUCGCGGCGGCCAGGUUUCUUUUCCCAAGUGCUGGACAAUAUUAAGAACGAGAUGGAGAAAAACAAGGAGAUGAAAGAUAAUCUGAAAAAGUUCCGAGAGGAAGCCCAGAAGCUGGAAGAAUCGGAUGCACUGAAAGCAGCACGGCAAAAGUUUAACACCGUUGAGUCGGAAGCCUCCAAGAGUAGUGAAGUACUGAAGGAAAACCUGGAUAAAAUUCGGGGGAAGGUUUCCGAAGUGCUGGACGAAGCUGCUAAAACCGACAUUGCCCGGAAGGCGGGUCGAAUCGGUGAAGAAAUCGGUAAAACCGCCAAAGGAAUGGGAGAAACGAUUGCCGAGAAGGGGCAGGAAUUGGGGAAAAGCGGUGCCUUCCGUGGUAUCUCGGAAGCCACCAAAGUAGUGCGCCAGGAAAUCGACAGUCAAGGCAUCGGGGCUCGAGUUUACCGGGCACCGGAACAGCUCAGGAAACGGAUCGAAGUCAAUUUGGCCGACGCGUCACGAAUCUAUGAAGCCAACACCGAAGCCCUGGGUAUGGAGCUACACAAGGAUAGUAAGUUCUAUCAGAGUUGGGAGGAUUUCAAGAACAACAAUGCCUACGUGAACAAGGUACUGUCGUGGAAAAUGAAAUAUGACGAAUCGGAAAAUCCCAUGAUUCGGGCUUCGAGACUACUAACGGACAAAAUGAGUGACGUGAUGGGAAACCUGUUCUCCAAGACGGAACUGUCGGAAACGUUGACGGAAAUUUGCAAAAUUGACCCGAACUUCGAGCAGAAACAGUUCCUGCGGGACUGCGAAAACGACUUCAUCCCGAACAUUCUGGAGGCGAUGGUUCGCGGCGAUCUCGAAGUGCUGAAAGAUUGGUGCUUCGAGAGUACGUACAACAUAAUUGCCACACCGAUUGCACAGGCCCAGAAGGCCGGAUUUUUCCUGGAUUCCAAAAUUCUAGAUAUCGAAAAUGUGGAUCUCGCCAUGGGCAAGGUGAUGGAACAGGGCCCGGUGCUGAUCAUUACGUUUCAAACGCAACAGAUCAUGUGCGUCCGGGGCAGCAAAAACAACGUCGUCGAAGGCGAUCCGGAAAAGGUGAUGCGAUGUAAUUACGUGUGGGUGAUGUGUCGGGAUCCGAACGAAUUGAACCCCAAGUCGGCGUGGCGAUUGAUGGAACUGCAAGCGAACAGCACAGAACAGUUUGUGUAGGUGGCGGCGGUGGUGGAAUCGAAGUGGUGUGAGCUAUCAUCGUGCGCAGACGGUUGUUCGUUACGUUGGUCUGCGUAGUUGUGGGAUAGCACUCAGUACUCAGAAACUGUUCACCGACGACUCGUCGUUCCUGUCUCUGCUUUUAUCACGUUUGUCAGAGUGGGAAUUGGAAUGUGGCGUCACCAAGCCGGAAUCUGCUGUACCGUACCGCAGUGAGGGGGGGAACUAACGUUAAGAUGUAUUUUAUUUGAUAAAUCAUAGAGCCGUGAAUUAUGAUAACAAAUAAAUGAGUUUUUUCAUUUUUUUUGUUAAACGAGUAAA